CUCCGCUGCCCCGGAAGUUGUUUCUUCUUCGUCUGUCAUCAACAACAGUUAGCCGUUAGCUGCUACCCUGCGGAGCUCGGAGACCAGAUUCUGACACGGAUUUCUCUUCACAUAUCUACCAUGGCUGAAGUGGAGGAAACUCUGAAGAGGAUUCAGGGCCAGAAGGGAGUUCAGGGAAUCAUCAUCGUCAAUUCAGAAGGAAUUCCCGUGAAGACGACUCUGGACAACUCGAGCACGGUGCAGUAUGCUGGUCUGAUCCACCAGCUGGUCAUGAAGGCUAGAAGCACCGUCCGAGACAUCGACCCCCAGAACGACCUCACCUUCCUCCGGGUCCGGUCCAAGAAGAACGAGAUCAUGAUUGCUCCGGAUAAGGACUAUUUCCUGAUCGUCAUCCAGAACCCGUCAGAUUGAAGUAGCUGCAGCUCCACUCUUCACUCUUUGAUUCGUAUUUAAAAGAAAACGGCCAAACUUUUUAUUAGCUCGUCCUUGAUAAACCUACAGAUUCUGUUCACUAGAAGCUUAAAAACGGAUGGUCGGCCUGCAGGCGCACUUCUUUUUCCAUGUUUUAGCAUUCCAGCUCUCCUUUCAGCUCACCGUCUGUAACUGCUGUUAGAAACGAAGCUGGAGGAGGGAAGAUAACAUCUGCAGAGUUCUCAGCAUCCUGGUGGAAAACUGGGGUUAUUUAUUUAGACAUGAAGUGUAGAGGACGACAUUACAAACACUCUGUUGGUUAUUUGUAACUAAUUAAGACAUUAAAAAAGCCAAAAUGGA